CGGGGCGCGCAUGCCGGGGGCGGCGGGGCGGUAGUGGCGGCGCCGAGUCCGUACCGGGGCGGCGGGAGCGGCGAUGCGGCUGCUCGGCGCCUUCCUGCGGUUGCUGGUGGCCGGGACGCUGGGGGCACCGCCCGCCCCGGCCCCGGAGGAACGGGGGACCGCCAGCACGGAGUCUCCCGUCCUUACCUUUCGGGAGAUCUGGAAUCGUAGUUUCUGCCGGCCUCUAGAGCAGCUGGUGGACGUCAUUACCGAAUUCCCCAACGAGGUGGAGUACAUUUUCAGACCCUCGUGCGUCUCCCUGCAGCGCUGUGGAGGCUGUUGUGGGGACGAGGGUCUCCGCUGCGUCCCCGUGGAGACCAGCACGGUCACCAUGCAGCUCCUGAAGAUAAAGCCAAAUGGGGAGGCACCCUAUGUGGAGAUGGCGUUCACCGAGCACAAGCGGUGCGAGUGCAGGCCCCGGCAGGACCUGAUGAGGCUGGGAAGGAGGAGGUCCAAGGGCCGAGGUAAGAGAAGACAAGACAAGAAGGGACGGAAAGACUGUGAACUAUGUGGCACACCACGCAGGUAGCCUCUGCCCUGCCCCCAGCCUCGCUCCUGCCACCUGGGUUUGAGCCAGCUGCCUUUGUCCCCAGCAUGGGGCACUUGUGGAGUCAUGUCCCUCCAGCUGCAGUGGAGAGCAGGACUCCAGCACGGAAGAGCUGACUGUUACUCUUGCUUGGCCCUGGUGGGAACAGCCUGGCACCAAGGACUCCCUUGCCCCAUCUGCCCCACUGGCAGCAAGAAAAAAGGACUCGUGACCAAGCCUGGGGCUGAAGAUGAGGAGCUCAAGCAGUUUGUUGGUGUUUGAGGACAUUCUAGGGGCGAUGAGGAGCCAUGUGCUGCUGGAACUGUCUGGGGAGGACAGCAUGAUGUGGAGAUGGCUCAAAGGGCUGCACCUGCAAAACUUCUCUAUCCUGCCAGUGCUCUGCAGCUGGGGAGGAAGGAAAUCUGGGGCAGGCAAGGCUGUUGGGCUGCAUCCAUCCCAGUUUUGGCAUAGGGCAGCCCAGGCAGGUGCCAGGGAUCUUGCCUGGGAAGCUGUUCUGCUUGGGAACAGAAGGGAGCUGGGCUCCUCAUGUAUUCACAGCUACAUCUCAGCUUUGCCCUGCUCAAUAAAAGCUGGUCAGACAUGGGAGCUGGCAGCUCCUGUCUGCUUUCCAACAAGCGCAGGGAACUUCCCCAUGGGCACCCACUCAGGCUGGAAUAGGGCAGUGACCCAGAGUUUGUCCCCAUCACCAGUCCUGCAGCACCAAGGGACUGUCCUUGGUGUGAUGCUGGAGAUGGGCACCCAGCAGGUUGCUCCCUGGGCUGGGGGCUAUCCAUGUGCUGGAGUUCAGUUGGGUACUGGGAGACCCUUGGGUGGGCUGCCCUUCCCCUCCACACCACAGUGUGGGACUGGUACCUCUCUCUGUUCACCGUGCCCAUCCUGUUCUCACCCCAGUCCAAAUGUCUGGCUCAGUGUCCUGUCCUCCCUGGCAGGGCUGAUGCAAAGUUUAGGGCACUGGAGGGCAGGCUGCCCACUCAGGAAAUACCCCACCGAGGGUCAUUUACCUGACAUGGGAACAGACUGGUCUGGGGCCUCCUUUCCUUACUGGGAACGCCCUUAGGGUAUGAGGAGCUGGUGGCCCUCAUCGAGGUGGCUGUGGGGACUACUGUUUCCUGCUUUCCCCACUCAGCCAGCUCUCUGCCCAGGUCUAGGGGGAAGCCACAGCCCCUGGUUCUCCAUGCUUUAGGCAGUUCUCCUGAGUUCUCCCUGUCUCCACUUCCACCCUUGCUGCAGUGGGUCUGGGGCUGUCUGCCAAAUGCAUGCCAUGCUGAUCUGUGCAAGCCAUAUCCUGCAGCAGUGCAUAUAGCUGGAAACCCUAGGGGUGAGUUGGGACUUGCAUAUUUAUGGGGCACUCCUGGCACUGGGUUAAAAAAAAAAAUCAAGGGUCAUUCUUGAAAGCUUCAAACAAAAGACUGGAGGGCAAGAUCUGCAAAGGUUUCAAGGUUACCCUUAAAUGAUGGGACCUGUGGUUUAUCCUGCUCUGAGGAACAGGGGUGAAGCCUAACACAGCAAGAACUGGGGUCCAAGGUGGCUCCUUCCCACAUCUGACAGGGCUGCCUGUGAUGGGGGUUAAUUAGGACUCUCUAAGCCAUAAUGGUGGUGUUGCCUGAGGAUGGCACAAGGACGUGGGGACAGGGCAGAUCCCUGUCAGGGAAAGCUGGAGGUGGUAAUGUGAACCUGCAUGCUGCCACCAUGUAGCUGGCAUGGACUGUGUGAGUUGUAACUGUGCAGCUGGGCAUAUCGUUCAGCAGCUUGCUGGAUCCCUUUUGGAUCCCAUUUCCAGGCAUCCACAGUAUCCUGGAGCACAGCCUACAUGGGUUUUGCCUCAAAAAUAGCCCAUGAAGUUCCUCCUUCACUACCUCAUAGAUGAGGGGAACUCGCUGCUCCCCUUCCUGUAUCACUCAAAGUCUGUGUGGACCAUGUGCUGGCCUGCUCCACACAGGCUUUCCCUGUCACUGUGUGUCAUUUCUGCCUGGCUGGUUUUGCUCUGAGGCCAAGGAGAACCACGUGCAGCACUUGAGGAUGCAUGUGAUGGUUUCUGUAUUGUCUUUAAUACCCUGGUAGUAUUACAUAUUUAAAAAAGGAAGUUACCUAAAUCAAGUAUGUUAAUUAAUAAAAAUAAGUUUAUCAAGACUCAUUAUUACGAUUAAAACAAAGUCAAACACACUAACACACAGUGGCUUUUCCAAACAGUUCCUGGUGUCUGGUGUCACCUCUUUGGCCACUGCCUGGCACUGAAAUAUUCCAGGCAGCUCUGCCCACCAGACGUGGCAGGGCCAGGCACCUUCCUUGCACAGACCCCUGUGUUGCUUCUCUCCCUCCAUCACCUGAGCUGCCUGGGUGCUGUGUGUGGCCUUGUCCCCUGCUCCUCCCAUGGCAUGGGGUGCUGGACAGCAAAAAUGUGGGUGCUGGGAGGGAUGUGGCUGUCCCAGUGCAGCCAUGCAGCCAUGAUGAGCAGAAUAGUUGGGGCAGGGCAGGAGCAGGGGGAAACAUCACUUACACAAGAGGUUUAGGAGCUGCAUCUCCAGAUGUCAGGGCUUCCUCCAGCUCUGUGGAGGUAACAGGAACCUAAUGAGCCCUAGCUCAUGAAGUUCCUGUGAUUGCUGCAGGCAUCACACACCCAGGGAAAUGGUAGCUCCUUUCCCUAUCCCUGCCAGAGGGGACAGUCCUAAGACCCUAUUCAUCCCAGGGUGGCAGGGACUUCCAGCAGGACAUCACACCCAAUGGAAAUAUGAGGAUCAGGGUGGGGGAUUGCUGCUCUGAGGGGCAGAGGGGUUCCUGGCUUCAGGGCUUGUGUCCAAUGCCCGUGUUUCCUCUCAAGGGGACCAACCACUGUCUGCCUGUCCCUCCUCUGUGUGGUCCCAGUUGUAGGUUUUUUAUACCUGCAGCUCCUGGCAGCCCUCCUUGGCCACAGCAGAUGUGUGAGCACUCUGACAAGGUCAGCUGCAUCUGCAGAACUCCAUGUUCCCCAGGCACUGCAGUGCAGGGCUGUAGGGGGACACUGGUGUCCUUGUGAAGGGACCCUGACAUACCCCAGCCCCAAAGCCAGCAGCACCCACCAUGGACAGGCAGAAAACUUGUUCCAGCCCCGGU